UUUUUUCUCUCUGCGGAGAGACCGCUCCAUUCAUAGGGUUGGGCAGGCAGGCAGCAGAAAACGAAGAGUGGAAGAAACACCAUCGGUGGAACCGAAAGGAUGGUCUCGCGUUGAGCCCACCAGGCCCCCUUAAUCCGCGAAAUAUUCGCUGGCCAUUUUCCCUCCCAUUAGGACAUACCCCGAAUUUAAACCGACACCUUCUCUUCAGGAAUGGGACUCAAGUGUCUCGGCUGAAUGCUGGCGUUCCCAUCCUUGUUUUUUGCAACCUGCCGCGGAAAUAGACUGACUUCCUCGUCGCCUGUUCAUCUGCUGCAGCCGCAGACCUAGCGCUCGAUUCGACUCAUUUUUAGCCCAGACCGUCCACGGACUCGCUGGCUCAGGCAUCUGGACACAUCGGGGCUGGUCAGUCGUCGUUGGAAAAAAGCAAAACGUGCCUGUGUGUGCUUUUGCUGCCUGUAUGAUGCCGACACAUUUGCGUUUCCGGAGAAGGUCAUUCCUUGGGCUUUUAUUCCUUUUUUCGCUCUCCACCUCGGUACUAUAUUUCAUCUACUCCGCCCCCGGAAUCGUGAAUGAGUAUGUGUUCAUGGUCCAAGCCAGAGGCAUCCAGAUUAGAGAAAACGUGAGGAACAUAGGGGCUCAGGUCCUGGAGCAAGUUGUGAGAGGGGCCUACAGCAUCAAUGGCACAGAUUAUUCCUAUGACUUCAACGAGAGCGAGAGCGAUGCUCCUCCCACCACUUACCUCCCUGAGGGUUUCACAUACCUCCCUUCGCAGGUUUGCCCUGAGAAGCUGCCCUCUAUGAAGGGCAGGCUGGAGGUGAACAUGAGUGAAAUAUCUCUGGAGGAGGUGGAGAGGUCCUUGCUGGAGCGAGAGCCCACCAUGGCUCUGGGAGGCUUCUGGAAGCCCAAAGACUGUUUACCUCGCUGGAAGGUGGCAAUCCUCGUUCCAUUCAGGAAUCGUCACGAACACUUGCCCAUCCUACUGAGACACCUGGUGCCUGUGCUGCAGAAGCAGAGACUCCAGUUUGCCUUAUAUGUCAUUGAGCAGGGAGGAACAGAACCAUUUAACCGAGCCAUGUUGUUCAACGUGGGCUUUAAGGAGGCCAUAAAGGACCUGGACUGGGACUGCCUGAUCUUCCAUGACGUGGACCACCUCAUGGAGAACGACCGGAACUACUACGGCUGCACGGACAUGCCCCGACAUUUGGCGGUCAAACUUGACAAGUACUCCUACAUGCUUCCAUAUAAUGAGUUCUUUGGUGGUGUCAGUGGCCUGAUGGUGAAGCAGUUCAAAAGAAUUAAUGGAUUUCCCAAUGCGUUCUGGGGCUGGGGAGGCGAGGACGAUGACCUCUGGAACAGGGUGCAGUUUGCCAAUUACAGUGUAAGCAGACCGCAUGGAGACCUGGGACGCUACAUGUCUAUCCCGCAUCACCAUCGUGGAGAAGCCCAGUUCCUAGGAAGGUGGGUGUUCAAAUACACAUGGCUCAUUUCCAAAGGCACAACCCACCAAACAGCGUUUGGUUGAAGAAGGAGUCGAUAACUCCGGCGAGGCUUACUACACUCAUGUGAUGUAAGCCAGUCACAUGAGAAGGCAAAGUGGUGACUUUGAGUGAAUUUCAACUCACUUAAAGACUUUUCAUGUGACGUUGUUUGAAAUCUGUGGGGCUGGAUUCCUAUGUGACAUGAAACGAGCAGAGGAAACAUUGUUGC